AUGACCCGGCCCGGCCUCAGGGAGCCCCGCUUCAUGACCGUGGGCUACGUGGACGAACACGCAGUUCUCGUGGUUCGACAGCGACGCGGCGGGGCGAGGAUGGAGCCGCGGGCGCCCUGGGCGGGGGCGGAGGGGCCGGAGUACUGGGAGGGGGAGACGCGGAGAGCGAAGACCAACGCGCAGAUGUUCCAAGUCAGCCUGAACAACCUGCGCGGCUACUACAACAGAGCGCGGACGGUGAGCGGGGCGGGGGGAUGCCACGGCUGCGACGUGGGGCCGACGGGCGUCCUCCGCGGGUACAGUCAGUCCGCCUACGACGGCGCCGAUUACCUGGCCCUGAACGGGGACCUGCGCUCCUGGACCACGGCGGACACGGCAGCUCAGAUCUCCCGGCGCAAGUGGGAGGCUGAGGGAGCGGCGGAGCACGUCAAGAACUACCUGGAGGGCACGUGCGUGGAGUGGCUGCGCAGGUACCUGGAGCUCGGGAAGGAGACGCUGCAGCGCGUAGGUAAGAGGGGCCGCGAGGUCUCCAAACCCCCUCAGGUGGCACCCAAGGGGAGGGUGGAGUCAGGUCACAGCAGCGCCCUCUCUGGUCAGGGGAAGGGGAGCCCCCUGGUUUCCUGA